AUGCCCAAUCCCCACUAUUAUCCCGACCUUGCCGCCUUACACUACCAAUUAUUCGAACCCUUCAAGGUUUUCCUGGAUAAGAAAAUCCCCAUCAAGUUUGAAGAAGUCGAACGGGCGAUCAGCGACUUCUUCGACUCCCAGUCUCCCCAGUUCUGCAAGAAAGGGAUUGUUAACUUGCCCGUUAGAUCACGCCGAUCAAUUGGCUUAAAUCGUGAGAUGUUGACAGUGGGCACAAAGCUGCAUUCCGUCACCUUUUUGUUCCCACCAAAUCGUGAGCGUGAGGGAAUCAAAUCGCGGAGGUCCUGCUUCUCAGCGCGCUCCAUUCAACACAUAUUGGCACUGCGUGUCUCACGCAUCGAUGUAAUUUUGACGAACUCUUCAGCAGCUACGUCCUGUUUGAUUCUGCUGCUGGUGUUAAUGCCGCUAAGAAUGCAAUUGAACUACUUGAAAGGAACUCGGUUGUCUGAGGCCAGCACAGUUAAGAUGCUGUCGGUGUUGAAAGCGCUGGCGCAGUGUCAUGUCGUUCUGGGACUGAUAAUGUUGAUUCUGUCGACCUUAGCUGAUUAUGUUAGCAGUCGCAUCAAUACAAUUCGGAUGUAUGGAUUAGAAGAGUGCUGUUCAUUCUACUUCAUUGUAACCGGGUUAGUUGGUCUGUGUGGUGCAGCUUCGUAUAGGAGAGGAUUAGUGAUUACGUUUUUGGUUAUGUCAAUCCACGCCAUAAUUAUUUUCGUACCUGCGAUUAUUAUUGUCUCCAGUUUUGAUAUCCAUUUUUAUCAGCAUGAAUGCUGGGGGGAAUGCGACUGGCAUUUGUUAGCGACCUCACUUCCGCGAAACAGUCGAUGUCAGAUCAUGUGCGGAGAUCACGUUGAUGACAAUAUGAGAGUAUCUAUGACUAGAUUGGGAACCGAUUACCGUCUCGACGCGGGGCUUAUUGCAGCUGCAAUCCUGGAAUUGUUACUCGCACUGGCAACCACCAUUAUUUCGUCGAGGACUAUUUGCAGUGCGGUGCGGGGUCCGUCUGUAGAGAUGGUUCCGUUGAACGGGGACACGACAUCAAUAUCACGCGGUCCUUAA